UCUGUGUGUCUUUCCGGUUGAAAACAUUUUUACUUUUCUUUACUUUUCUCUCGCACAAAACCAUGAGUAAAAUAAAUAUCAAGGGUUUGAAGGCGCUGAAAGUUGCACAAAAUAAAGCUAGUUCAUCAAAGAAAAAGGAAGAUACCUCAUAUGACUUGGAGCAGCAGUUCAUUUUGAGAUUGCCACCGGGCCCUGCAAUAGCACUACGAAGAGAAAUUCAAAGUGGCUCCCCAUACUUAAAAGACAAGUUAUCCAUUGAGCUUACACCAGACCUUCGGCAUGGCAAUGUCCGAUAUGGUGGGCAAGUACUUAAUGCAAAGGUUAUGGAUCUGCCAUCUAUACUAGAGUCACUGAAAACAACUGAUCGUAAGACAUUCUACAAAACAGCCGAUGUCUCUCAGAUGUUAAUAUGUUCCGACCAGAUGUUCAUAGAACCAGACCCUGCAGAAAUGAAGAAAAAAGAAAAGGAGAAGAAAUACCAGUGGGGACAUGGAAUUACUCCACCUUUAAAGAAUGUCAGAAGUAGGAGGUUCAGGAAGACAUUGAAAAAGAAGUAUGUUGACCAACCUGAUGUUGAAAAAGAAGUGAAGCGAUUGUUCCGAACUGAUAACGAGGCUAUUGACGUCAAGUGGGAAGUAGUUGCCGAUGACGACAAACCUGUUGAAGAAGAACAAGAUGGGAUGAUCAUGAAAGGGGAGACUUCAAAACGCAAUAUUAUGAUGGACACUGGCUCGAAACCGAGCGAAAUGAGCCUUCUUGCCCUCGCUGAACAUGACAUCUUUGGUGAUGUCAGUAGCUCUGAUGAAGAUAACGAUGACAUGGAUAAAGAUAUUAAUGUCAUGGACGAUGAUGAUGAGGCAAUGACCCCCCGUGGUGGCACCCCUAGAGCCCUAUCUGCCGUCCCUAGUGAUACAAUGGAUUCUUAUGAUCUAGAGAGUAGUGUCAACAUGACCCAACAGAUGUCAAUGGAUAUGGGAGACUACUCGAACAUGGAGGGUGGCGAUGUCAACAUUGAGUUGCAGGCAAAACUUGAAGAGUUGAGCAAUCAGUUGGUUGAAAUUAAGGAAAGGAGACAAGGACAAGAGAGUCAGCUUGCUAUCAUUGACAAUCCUGCUCUGAGGGCAAGAUUCCAAGAUGAGCUCAAUGACCUGAUACAGCAGGAAAAUGAAAAACAAAAGGAGUAUGAGAUCUUAGCCUCAAUGCUUAAAGGAUGA